AUGACCACGACCGGCGACAAGGCUGCGGCCCAGGGCGAAAAUAAACCUGCGGCAGGACCUCCUUCAAUGGGCGAAAAAGAGAAACAAAAAGCACAGCAGAUGCAGACCCACGACAAACCGGACUCGCCCUCGUUAGAAUCGCAGUGCUCCAUGACCAAAGCGUCGACCUCGAAGUCGAGCGAAGGAAGCAGUUACAAACCGCCGGAGGAAAAUAAUUCGUCCUGUGUGGACGAAACCAGUUCGGCAAGCAGUAGUUCGUGUGCGAUGGAAAGCACGUCGGAUGUAGUACAACCGCGACAGAACACAAACACUGCCGGGCUGUUUACUCACGAGGGGAAUCUCCGGCAGGACCAACAGGUUCAAGAUGGUUCGAUCGCAGCACAAUUUCCUCCGGGCAAGAAGAAGAAACUACCGGCCGCAGCUUUCGCGGCGAACCACCAGGAGGCACUACAGGAACGUUCAGGAAGACAUGAUGGAGACGAGGAAGCCAGUACGGCGCACAAACAAGCAGGACAAAAUCAAAAUAGCCAGGAAAUUAUACCAGCGAGUAAUAAAGUAGAAGAAGGCGGUAAAAACAGGCCGUUUUUGCAGGAGCGCGCUUCUAGAGAGGAGAAGCACGACGUCGAUGAUUGUAAGCAGCAUGACAAACGGAAGAACAGUAGAUUACGCGGUGAUUCAGCAGAAAGUGGUUCUUCCUCCAGCUCCUCAAAUUCUAAAAACUCCUCUUCAAGUAGCAGCGACAGUGAAAGUGCCCUUAUCAAAAACAAAACGAGAACAAGGCAGAAGCAGAAUAAAAGCAAAAGAACAGCUGGUGCAACGGGAAAGAACAAGCGUGGGCGCAGCCGGAGCCCAAAGCAGUUACAGCUCGCGACCGCGAGCAAUAAAACGGCCGCAGACCUGCAGCAGAACAACAAAAAGAAACUGAAGUCGGAAGCGAAAACAGGGAUAUCAAACAAAGAAGCAAACAGUAGUAAAAGCAACCAGAAUCAUGUUAAUUCUUGCAACAAAUCCGUCUCUAGCCGGAAAGAAUCCAACGCUUCCUCCAAAGUGGUCCAGCUUCGCGAUGCGAAAAACGCCAGCCGCUUGAUCAGCGGUAGCCAUGACAACAUUCGACCCAGGUCUAGUAGACAGUCCUCUGCGAAUAGCAGCAAGCCCUUCUGCAACAGCAGCCGGCGGGGGAACAACGCGAAUUCCGAUAACGAAUUAGACGGAACGAGAGACAAUUCCUCCGAACAGAACAACAAUUUACGAAAUAAGCAGCAACUCCGUCGCACGCGCGGGCAAGUGCAGGAGCUGAAACUGUUGAAAAGGCGCCUCUUUCUCUUUCACUACGAGCAUUUUAUCUACCACGAGACCAAACGGUUCGAGCAACUGGUCGGCGGGGAGAUUUUAACGUUUUUGAAGGAGAAACAAAUGUCUGAUGUGGUGUUCGUCAAUCGAACCGCACCGCCGCAUAUGGAUUGCAAAAAUGUCUGGGUCUGGAAGAUCGCAACUUGUGAUGCUGUCUCUGCAUUCUAAAAAAAUCUGUAUUGCGUGACCAUCAAGAGGGGUCCAGUUUGUGCUACAUGGAGGGGGCAUUUCUCAUGCGGGAUAGGCAUCAGAAAGCCCGCUAAAAAUCUGUGAUGCCAGGUUCUGCAUUACAGACGUCAUGGGUCAUGUAAAAUCUGCAUGACAAGUGUGGCACUCUUCCAGACCCAGACAUUUUUGCAUUUGAUGCCGCAGCUAUCCACGACCUCGAGCAGUACAACAACUUCCCGCUCGUUGCGCAGCAAUGGAGGGGCAUCAAGUUCGGGCGGAGCCGCCGCCUACGGGACGGCUUCCUUCCAACAGGCGCAGAUGACCUGCGCGAUGGUGCGUUCGGUUUCCUUGCGAACGGUGAUGGAGUCCGCGCACGCGGCCCCGUGGGCGGAGGUGGAGUCGUUGUGGGGAAAAGAUGACAUUGUGCGGGUGGUGUACAAAAACAUGCAGGAAAUCUCGGGGCAUAAAGGAUACGUCGAGUUCUAUUUUCCGGACUUGCACGAGUUGCAAAAACCACUGGACCACAGCGUCAAGGAAGCGGACCUGAUGCGAUGCAAGUACUUACCGAAUUAUCAGGGGUUUUUUCGAUUUCUUUUAUGAAAGUGAAGAGUUGUGCGUGGUGCAGCUCUUCCCGACUCCAUCUGAAGUUCUGUGUCAUGAUCGACAACAUGGCAAAAGUGCGACUAAAACUACCUCCCGUGGUGCGUUUCUAUGGUGCAUUGGUGUAGAGCUUGAGCAUAACAUUAACAGGAUCCAAAAACAACGAACCUAAAUUUGAAAAAAUCCCACAGGUACGCCUCCCUGUAUGCGAAUGUGGACGUCCAAACCUUCAAGCAAGUGUGGCACCAGAUCAACGGUAAUUCCUUUUCCUCGGGGAGAGGCAGGGCAGACAUUGUGCGCAUGGUUGAGUCCUUUCAACAGGAACACGCGGAAGACAUGAGCGACGAGGAAAUCAACGAAGCGGUAGAGUUCUCGAAGCUCUUUCAAGAGGUUAUCAGCUAUUACCCGAAUACCAUCCACGACCGGUCGAACCAGAGGAAAAAUGCGCAGUUUUUGCAGCAGCACAUCCCCUUCGAGGGGGUAUCCUCAACAUCCUUAGGAUUGUACAACUACGAUACAGGUGAACGAGAUCACGGGCAACAUCAAAAUGGGUUUUCUUCCGACAACGAAACCAGCUCCGACGUGGAGCGGGAGCGCGAAAAGAAGCAGCAGGAAAGAUUAGUGGACUUGGGGACGGGCACGACGCACGAGCAGGACUUACUGUUGCAGCGCUGUUUGUUUCUGCACGCGCAACUAAUCGAGCGGCAGACGCUGUUUUUCUACCGAUUAAUAUCAAAUGUAAAAAUGUCUGGGUCUGGAAGGUUACCAGGUUUGGCAUGCAAAUUUUGCAUGACCCAGGAUGUCUGUAAUGCAUGACUGAGCAUCACAUAUUUUCAGAGGCCUUGUUCCUGAUGCCUAUUCCGCAUGACAAAUGCUCUCCCCGCGUAGCACACACUGGGCCUCUCCUGCUGGUCAUGCAAUACAAAUUUUUUUAGAAUGCAAAGCGAGCAUCACAAGUUCCAACCUUCCAGACCCAGACAUAUUUGCAAUGCAUAAUUAACGAUGCAGUACAAAGGGACGCCGGCGGACAAAGAGUUACUACGGAGGCAGGACGCGAGUGUGAAAAAAAUGGUGCAAGCGAGGAAUCGGGAACGGGAGAAGAUGGAAAGAGAACGGGUGCAGCUCGUCUUGGCGGAACAAAGGGAAAAGGAAAAACAGAUGCAGCAGAUAGGACCGGGGAGUGCAGGUGCAGGUCCUGUGGUUAAUAUGAGCAGUAGAGAAAAUCAUGAUAGCAGUACGGGUAGAGGUACUUCGAAAUCGGAGGAAGUGGAGUCACAUCAAGCUGACAACACUAAAACGAAGAAUCUCACCGUCGGAAGUACAUUCACUACGAGCACCAGCAGCAUCACUUCUAGGCCAGCAGCAACCUCCGUUGAAACAGUAGGAGGAGGCGGACAAGCGGCGCAUGAUCAAGAGUCUACUUCGAUCAUCGCGAACUCAAAAAAGAAGCUUUCCGCGGCGAAAACAUCCUCGAAAGGUGGGGGCCAACAGCAGCAGGUCAUGGGGAAUAAUAAAUCAGGAUCGAGUAGUACAACUUCUGCAGCUGGUACUACGAAGAUGAAAAAUGCGACGUCAUCUACUUCAACAGGAGGUGGCGCUCCUGCUUUAUCGAACAAAGAGAAUACAACUAGAGCGACUGAUAAGGAGACAAAACACGUUUCAUCAACCUCGUCCGCGGUCGUCGUGAAGAGUGCAGUAGAUUCCGAAGACGAGUUUGUGGUCGCCGGUUUGAGCAAAAACAGCAAAGGCGCGGCAACUGCUGCUGCUGCCACUGCUUCUUCCAAAGCUGCGAAAAAGCAGCAACAGGAGCAGGAAAACGACCACGACAACAAGCGUAGCAAAGCAAAUCCAUCUGGCAGAGGCAGCAGCAAGGACGGCAUUAAGACUGCAACAAGCUCAGCGGCAAAUAAGCUGGGAGGUGCAGCAGCAGAACAACAAACGACAGUGAACAACAGAAGGAAGAGAUCCGGCUCCGCCAAUCUUGACAAGGAUGAGAGCGAACCUCUGCCAAAAAUCUCGAGGAAAACCAUUCCUGCGGCAAGGGCAACUACAGAAGAAAAAGAAAUAGAAAACAAAUCGCAGCAGCAGGCGAAUAUUAAGAUAAACCCUACAACUAGGAAGAACAGCAGUUCUACCGCAAAUAGGCGGAAGAAUUCCUUGUCCGUGCUCUCCGCCGUGCCGGAAGAGAGGUCGACGAACGAAGAAGAACAGAAUUUGGGCGAUUUUGACUUCCGGAAGGACGCGAAUUACGAAGAUCCCUUUGUCGGGAAGGGUGUGUUAAACAUGGAGAAACUAUUUUUGGAGAAAAAUAGUACUACCGACAAGGAGAAAAGCAGCGACAAAACUACAACUAAAAGUACCAAACCCUCAACAUCUACUUCCUCCGCUGUUAUUUCCAGUAACAAACGCCCUGCAACAUCAGCGGGCAGUCGGAAGCAGAGUUUGGAAGCAGGAGCCCAAAUAAAUACGAAGGAAAAACCGCUCCCCAGCAGCCGGAAAGCCAGUGCGAGUGAGAUUCAAGGGCGAUCACGGGCGAAUUCAAAAGCAAGCGUGAAUGGAACAACGGGGAACAAUGGUGCUGCCCCGGCUGCGAAACGAAGCAAAUACACACGAAAAGCCUACAACUUGGAGGAGGUACUUAAGUAAUUCGUUUAUAUUUUUUUAUUUUGGUGAGUUUUGAUGUAUUUUUCGCAGUUACACACGAAAUCGCUCGCGUUUAGUGCUUCUGGGAGCCACGGAAAAUGAAAAAAAUACGAUUUUUGCCCGAAUCCCUGUGUUUAGCAUAGGGUAUUCUGGCUACCCUGCUUUAAGCUUUCCUGCAAGUUGUAAGAGUCGGUCCUCUCCAAGAGUACAGUCGGCAAGGGGGACACUGCGUAAGCGGUGGCUCCCUGGUCGAUAAUGAUCUCCGCAUCGCCUCAGGCUGGCAACAGAGCAGGGAGAAGGAGGCGCUGCGCUCAGUGGAAGGACAGCCGGCUCGUUUUUAGAUUCGUUGAGCGGGCGGGCAGUGCCCGGUAUAGUUACUGCGGGUUAGAAUAGGCCUUACAGGCCCUGCACUACGCAGGCGGGACUUUUUUCGGAAUAUGCUUGGCUACCGCACAACUCGCAUGUUUGCACGGGAAAAUCUUGUAUGAGGAGGGAAACGUUGUGCGUUGUACGCGGUAAGUAGGUGAAAACGCUUCGGGAGUAGCAUCCAGGUACAGGGGAUGAUUAGAAAAUGACGUAAAAAAACAAAGCGUUUCUCAUUUACGCCCGAAAUUGCCUUAUGUUUCCUUCAAGAACGGCAAAAAAUGCAAAAAAAAAGUUUUUUUGCCCGAAUUGUAGUAUUUAGCAUAGGGUAUUCUGGCUACCCUGUUUUCCAUUUUUCCUAGUGGUUGGAUCUCCUUCGGGAGUCAUCCGUUAAAAUUGGAACGAUACAGAGAAGAUUAGCAUGGCCCCUGCGCAAGGAUGACACGCACAAAUCGAGAAGUGUAAACAAUUUUUUUGAAUAUGCAUGGUAUGGUGGAUUUUAAUUUUUUGGAAAAAAGUCAAUCAGCAUGGUAUGAUGCUUCCGCAACAGUCUCAUGUUUUUCGAAUUCGCACGGUAUGGUGAGGUUUUUACCGCGGAACGUUCAUUCCGCAUGGUACGCUGCGUUUUUAUUUAAGGGAGGUUAUGUAACUACGGCGGUAUGACAGUUUUCCAGUACAACAGGAAUGUUCCGCAACAACCCAUUCUGGGCACUACGGGUGCCGUUUCUUUUCUUGUUGACCAUCUUCGACGCUUUUAAUGAAAUUAGAAACCGCUCGGGGAAGGUAGAAUGUAUCAGCAAAAAGAAGAAAUGCAAAAACUUUCGAAGUCAAAAUUUGAAAAUUCUCUUUGAAAGUCUAAACGUGCACGAAAACUUUUUUUUGAUUCUGCCCGGGCGGAACGCUCGUCUUUUCUCGUGGAGGUACUCUGUGCGAGGGCAUGGUGCAUCUUCGCGGCGCAUAGGAGCAUUUACAAAGGAGGGUGUGAUAGAUGAGAUUAUGCGUACACGAGGGCUGCACUAUGAACAAGUACGAGAUAAAGUCCUGUUGAACAAGCGAAAAGGAAGUUACUUACUAGAGAAACAAACUAAAAAAAAAAACAAUAUCUUCAGGUACCCACCUGCGAUCUCCGUGCGCGUUCGGGUAUUUGGCAAUACUUAACGUUACCGAAAAAGUGGGAAACUGGCCUUUACACCUACGACAACGCUUCCAUCCGUUGGUGGAAACGGGAACUGGGCGAAAAGCUCACGGAUAUCGACCGGUUUAAGGAGUUAUGGAUUGCAAAUAUGUCUGGGUCUGGAAACUUGUAAUGCUAAAAGUGAAUGAUAAACGCACUGCGGUACGCAGCUACGCAUGACAAAUUUUUUGGCUGCCAUGUCUUACGUAUUUCGCAUAGCAAACUGCGUUUUUGCAUGACAGGUGAGAGGGCUUCUUCGGGCCUAUGCAACACAGAUUCUCGAGUCAUGCCAGACAAGCAUGACAAACUUGCAUUCUUCCAGACCCAGACAUUUUUGCAUUUGAUAGGAGUCCAUGAAAGACCAUCAGCCGGAGUACGACGAUUUUGUCAACACGGUGAAAACAUUGAUGGAGGAAUUUGGGCAGAGAAACGAGCUAGACCAGCUAACGCAAAAAUCCAAUUCCGGGCACGGAAACUAUGGAGAGAAAAAAGUUUGUCACAGUCACUAAGUUGCAGGUUUUGCAUUACAAAUUUUUUUAGCAUCACAACUUCUCCUUGUAUUGCAGAAACACUAGGGAAAUCCCUUAUGAAGUGUGGCUGUGAUGCAUUUUUACGCAUGAUAGACAAUUUUGUAUUGCAAAAAUGCCCAUGAGUGAUCGUGACGAUCUUUUUUCUUUUGAUAGAAACAACAACAGUAGCAACAACAAAAACCGAGACCGCUUGAACUCAGCGUCUGCCGCGAGCUCCUCUGGUGCUGCACAAACAUAUCAAAUGUAAAAAUGUCUGGGUCUCGAAACUUGUGAUGCUAAAAUGUGCAUGAUGAAAACACUUCCGAAUGCAGUCCGGCAUGACAAAUUCCCAAAACGCUUUCUCAUGGGCAAUCCGCAUGAGAAACUGCGUUUUUGCAUGACAAAAGAGGCUGCGACUUUUGUUGGUUAUGCAAUACAGAUUUUCUAGGUAUGGAAAGCUAGCAUUACAAGUUCCAACCUUCCAGACCCAGACAUUUUUACAAUCCAUAAAACAGGUACAGGUGCAAUGAAUAACCGAAGCAGGGCGCAGUCGUUGAAAACCAACGUGUCCGUCAAUAACAAAAGUCGGCAGUGCAGUCCGGAAAGCGGGAAACCGCUUGGGGGAGGUGGACUACAGCAAAAUAAUAGUAACACUAGUGGUCGUGGGGGUUCAUCAUCAUCAUCUUCGAGCAGCAGCAAAAAUCCGGCCCCGGCGUUGCAGCUCGGUGGGAUUUUGGCGUCUAGAUUAGCGAUGGUGCAACAUCAGCAGAACCACGACGGCAGGAACACACCAGCCACAGCUUCUGCAUUGCAGGGGGAGCAGACUGAACUUUUGUCUACUGCACCUCCGACAAGUAGUAGAACAGGUGCCGGAAACUCUUCGUCUUCUUCAUCUACUUCCAAAACUGCUGCUGGACCUGCCGCAGCGAAAAACAGCAAGCCUUCUGUUAACAACCCAAAACAAGCGAAAGCUCUAUCGCCGAAGGCGAAAGCGCUCCCGGGGCAAACGAAGUUGAAUGCGCAAGGGAAACAAGCAAGUGCAAGACCAAAUAAUGAAGUACUACAGCAGAGCGCCGGGUUCUUGACAUGUGCGAAGUCAAAUCAGUCUAAGAACUCGUCUAAGGUCAGUGCGUAUGAGGAGAAAGAUUUUCGGAGAUGGCGAAACCGUGCGGGCUCGACGAGUAGCAGCAGUGUUUCACUGUCAGACUCAGAAGAGGAGGAGGAGGAACCGCGACAGCAACAGGCAGCAGGAGGCACGGAAGGUGCUAGGAACAACCUCCAAGAGUCAUUUCGUAGUUUUACUACAGCCAAUAGUGCGGCGGGCUCAGGAGCAUCUGAGGGGAAAGUUGCGGAGAUGAAACAGCCUCUGGAUCUUCAGCCGCAACUUUCGUCUCCCUUAGGUGAAGAUGCACAAAGCCUCGGUAGAAAACCACCAGCGCCAGCACUUACAACAGCGCCAGCACCUCCAGCAGCUGCAGCUUCUAGUUCACAUCCUCAACGAGGUGGACCCGCUGUAGUUACGGCAAGGGAUAGCUCCGGCACAACUUCUGUAAAACCCACCGAGCCACUGGCCCCAAUGGUUGUCGAACAGCGACACCCCGGUGUUGCAGCAGGUUUUCAACAAACUCCAGCCUUCGCCUCUCCUCCACAGACAUCAAAGCAAAGCCAACCUUUUGGAACAACUACCAGAGGUGCACCAGGAGGAGUUGUUCCCGGCGACAAGAAAACUUCUACUGAGAUGACCAUGUUGACCGCAGGUGGUGGGGCAGCUCCCACGACUGGGAAUAGUAAAAUUGCGACCGACAGUACAGCCUACAAAAGCGACAAAGUUUGGGAAGAUGAUGUUCUUCCCCGUGCAGCAGCUCUCACCGGUAGCAUGAUCACGGGAACUAGCUGGCUACAGAACGAGCCGCAGGAGGCGAGUUCUCCUGAAGAAUACUGGAAAAGCUGGUGGACAACUUCUUCGAGUGCGGAAGAUUAUAGUGCCACGGGCAGUAAAGUACUAGAUAAGAAGGAGAUGAAACAAGAAAAAACAAACGACAGCAAGCAGCAGCAGCUUGAAACUUUUUCAGCACCCAGUGCCACCACCGCACCAGCGAAUCAGCCGCAGAAUAAUCUCACGGCGCAAAAACAGCACGGUGAGAAGGUUGUUGAAAAGGACGGCGAUAGGUUCGACGUAGUUCCUCGUACGUUGCCAGCAAGAGACUCACUCGGCUCGGACGAUUACGACUUUGAAAGUGCAGAGGUUGAAGAGGUUGUGUCACGACCACCUAUCGUGGCACCCGCAAGUUCUACUUCCACCUCAAGCGCAGUACAACCGAAGAACGUGGAGGGAGGGUUUGCUCCUGGAGUUCGUGCUGUUUUUCCGCCACCAGUUUUACCUGCUGCGGCAACAGUAACUGCUACUAGUACAACAACUGCGUCCAAUUAUCUUCACAACACCAGCGACCUAUCAAAUGUAAAAAUGUCUGGGUCUGGAAGAUUCUGAGACUUGUCAUGCAUAUUUUCCAUGACCCAUGAUGUCUGUAAUGCAUGCCCUAGCAUCACAGAUUUUUUGAGGGCGUCUUGAUGCCUAUUCCGCAUGACAAAUGCCCUCUCCGCGUAGCAAAAAUUGCACUCCCUUUGCUGCUCAUGCAAUACAGAUUUUUUUGGAAUCCAAAGUCAGCAUCACAAGUUCCACUCUUCCAGACCCAGACAUUUUUGCAAUCCAUACGACCCGCAAAACAGUAACCAAAUUCAGAUCAAGGUUAUCCUUUGCAAAAACGUCCCCACCCCAGAGUCAAGUUGGGAAUCUAGCAACACAAAUCUCCAAGUUUUGGGAGCUGUGCAUGACAAGUUUGCCUCUGCACUGUAGUGCUGCUUGGCAAGGGAAGCCGCAUAAGAAAGCCAUUUUCUCAUCCUGUUUACAGCAUUACAAGUUCCAAAGCACGAAUGGAAAUGUCUCUCAUGGAGCUGCGCAUUACAAACGUUCCUGUCAUUGCGCAUUUGCAUGACAACUAUGGGGUGGGGACGUUUUUACUCAGAAUAAAGGUGAUCGCCUCCUCUUCCGACCGUCCGCGAGGGAGUCCAGUUACUAUUCAGCACCCAAGUAGCAGUACUACAACUUCUUCUAAAGCAGGCGGCACACCAGCAGCGGUGUUAACCACUUCCAGUCUGCAGCUACACGCGCAACAGUGGCCUACACCGGCGCUACCACAGCACCCGGUGACGCUGCCCUUUCCGAGGACAGCGACGAUUAACAGAGCAACUAGUUCUUUUUCCUCUACGGGCGUCCUUCCACCCCCGCCGCCGAUCAAUGGCCCGGCGGCGCAACGUGGAACUCCUGUAGUUCAACAGCAUCAGGAGCUUCACAAAUAUCAAAGUUAUCCUCCAGGAGAGGAUCAUGUUGCCACGACGACCCCGGUGGGGCAUCUACGGAAUUUGAAGCGAGCGCACGAGUCGGAAACGUUUCAGUUGGCCUUGAAAAAGCUCUUACCCUCGACACCGAGUAGCAGUGGGGGGUCGUGAAGGUGCUUAAUAUGGCUGAGGGAAAAUUCGAAGAAUUAUUUUUUGGGUAGUUUUAUUUCCGCACAGAAAAUGUUGAAAGAUCCUUGUACUUAAACUUUGUUUUGGAUUAUUUUGGAUUUGCGUUUAUCAAGUAGAAAAACCAAGUUGCUUUAAAAGAUUUUGCGCGAGCUUUGAUUUGGCGCAUUUAUGUGCCAAGUCCUCGUUGCGUCUAUCUCUAUGUAUUUUCACUUUCGACCGUGGGAGUAGAGGCCUUCGCAAAAGAUGAAGGUUUUCUACUCUCGACAACAAAUAAUUACUACUUCGAGAUUCUCUUUUGUAGUACAAGAGUUCCUGCUCAUCUUGUAGUGUCACACUAAAUGUCUAUAUGUCACAACGUUAUUAUAUCAGCUUUAUCGAAGAACCAAUUUUCUAGCCACAAAAUUCAAAAGCGAAAAAAUAAAUGCAUGGAGACGAGGUGGUUUUUUACGAUUUUCUCUGCGGUGAGUGUGCAGGAGGGACAGUGCGCGAGGCGGUUUCAUUUUCAUGAAUGAACUUUUUCAAGAGGCGACGAAGAGUCAUUAUUUUGAUCACGGUAUUUCUAUUUGAUUCAACAAAGUCUUAGUACUACACCAUAACAGCAACAAUUUUAUGACAUUUCACAGUAUCUAUUACAACAAGAUUCUAGACACCACUGGAUAGCACGCAAGGUGACCGGUCACCAUGCAUGGUAUGCAUUGGCGCCUGGAAUCAAAAAAAAUCCGAACCACACUUGAUCUUUGAUUGUUUACUCUGUUUACACCGUCUUUAUUUCUACUGAAUUCUUGUUUUGAAAAAAUUUGUGACACUGAAUUUAUACGAAUGUUGAAAUGAUUUUUCUUCUUUUUUAAGUACUUUCACCCCACUUUUAU